GUUUCCUUUUGAUCAGUGAACAGGGACACAGAGGGAGCAAGGAGGUGAGAAAGGGAAAGGAGGGUAUAGAAGGACAUAGGGAGAGGAAGGCAGAAAGGCAGAGGAAUAGAAGGACAGGGAAGAGUAUAUACAUCGGAUAUAUAGGUGUACAUACCAAUACUUCAGUGACAGAGAAGCAGAAUCAUAGACAAGUAUAAGGAAAUACUGUUUAUGUUGUUUACAACAUAUCAAAAUUAAAAGCAUAUGUUGAAAAUUGUGCAGCGAUAUAGAGGUACAAAACUAUAGGGACUUUAUUGAAGAGGAGUAACUCACUGUAUAGAGAUUAAAGUGGAGGUACAGCAGAUCUGUAUUUGGAAACCUAAACCCUUUUUGUUGAGACCUUUGGAUUCAAACCUUUUACGGUUGGACACCGCUGGAUUACGACCAUGUCUACAACCAUGUCCCCUACAACAAUGGACAGAGAAGGCACGCAAGGAGGCUGGGUCAAGAAGAACCCACUGAUUGGGCUGCGUUGGAGGAGGUUGGAGGAGCCAUUGGGAUUCAUUAAAUUGCUGGAAUGGCUCUUUGCUAUCUUUGCCUUUGGAAGUUGUGGCUCGUAUAGUGGAGAAACAGCAGCCACAGUUACGUGCAAGGAAACAGAAACUGAAAUAAAUCUUAUAUCUGUGCCCUUUGGGUACCCUUUCAGACUAUAUCGUCUGCGAUAUGAGAUGCCAGCUUGUGCCGAUAUAGAAAAACGUGUUAUGCACCUCUCUGGGGAUUUUUCUGCUCCUGCAGAGUUCUUUGUCACAAUGGGAGUUUUUUCUUUCCUGUACUCUAUGCUGGCACUGGUUAUUUAUCUGCGGUUCCAUGAACAAUACACCCAGAUCCGUAGAGUGCCUAUCGUGGACCUAUGUGUGACUGGAGUCUUUGCCUUCCUGUGGCUGGUGGCAGCUUCAGCCUGGGGAAAGGGUCUGAUGGAUGUGAAACUGGCCACUCAUCCCUAUAGCCUACUAUCACCAAUGCCAGUGUGCCAACUGGAGAAAGCCACAUGCAGUCUUGGUACUACACCAUACUUUGGCCUAGCCAACAUAUCUGUGCUCUUCGGAUUUUUGAAUUUCCUGAUCUGGUCAGGCAAUGUGUGGUUCGUUUAUAAGGAGACAGCCUGGAGCAAACCAGCAUCCACCAAGGAGGAAUCUGCAGAGCGCGGUGAAGCUGAAGAUCGCCAGUGAGACGUAUGGCCUUCCACGAUCAACUACUCUUCCCCUUUCAAUCACCUCUCCUUCUGGAGGACUAAGCCGAUCCAUUAAUAUCUUUGUUUUCAGUGUUCUUUCAUUUUAUUAACGUUUGUACGGACCCAAAUCUAAGAUGACCAGUCUUCCCCAUUAAGAAAUCUCUAAGGUUAAGCAUCCCACACUAGUGGAAAUAUUUGGUCAUCAAGUCCUAAAAGCAAUAAUGGCAUUUUUGAAUUACUAUUUCUUAUCAUAACCCCCACGUCAACUGCCUCAACUUCCAGUGUUACUGGUGCUAUUUAUUGAUUAAAAUAAUCUCCAGUUUGUUCAU